GAGCUCAGUCUCCCUUCCUGGUAUUCUCUGUCUUGGCUCUUGAGGGGAAGACAGAAGGAGAACUUGCUCUGGUUGCCAUGGAUUCUACCGUUGUCAGCUGUGAGUUGCCGAACUCCCUGAGGGGCGACGAUGUGCUCAGCCCCCACACUCAAGGACAAGGCAAGAAGCAGGAUAUUCAGAAGUACCCUAGCAGCAGUCAUCUGGCCUACGGCAUCCUGGACAGACCACCAUGGUAUCUCUGCAUCUUCUUGGGGAUCCAGCACUUCCUCACAGCCCUGGGGGGCCUUGUAGCUGUGCCACUCAUUCUGGCCAAGGACCUGUGCCUGCAGCAUGACCCCCUGACCCAAAGCUACCUCAUCAGCACCAUUUUCUUCGUUUCGGGCAUCUGCACCCUCCUGCAAGUGUUUCUGGGGGUCAGGCUGCCCAUUCUCCAAGGAGGGACCUUCGCUUUUGUGGCACCCUCUCUGGCCAUGCUCUCUCUUCCUGCCUGGAAAUGCCCGGAGUGGACUCUCAAUGCCAGCCAGGUCAACACCAGCUCUCCUGAAUUCAUUGAAGAGUGGCAGAAGAGGAUCCGAGAGUUGCAGGGCGCUGUCAUGGUGGCUUCCUGUGUCCAGAUGCUGGUGGGGUUCUCCGGUCUCAUUGGCUUUCUCAUGCGCUACAUCGGUCCCUUGACCAUCGCCCCAACCAUUUCUCUGGUGGCCCUGCCUCUCUUUGAAUCUGCCGGCAAUGACGCGGGGAUCCACUGGGGGAUUUCUGCUCUGACCAUCUUCCUCAUCGUGCUGUUUUCUCAGUACCUCAAAAACGUCGUGGUGCCUGUGCCCGUGUACGGAAGAAAGAAGAAGUGUCACAUCUCCAAAUUCAACCUGUUUCAGGUCUUCCCGGUGCUGCUGGCCCUCUGCAUCUCCUGGCUCUUCUGCUUCGUGCUCACUGUCACCAACACCCUCCCCAAGUCCCCCAUGGCAUAUGGCUACAUGGCCCGAACGGACACCAAAGGCAGCGUGCUGAGUCAGGCCCCUUGGUUUCGCUUCCCUUAUCCAGGACAGUGGGGCCUCCCCACCAUCAGCCUGGCUGGAGUCUUUGGGAUCAUUGCUGGAGUGAUCUCCUCCAUGGUGGAGUCGGUGGGCGAUUACCAUGCCUGUGCUCGCCUGGUCGGGGCCCCGCCCCCUCCGAAGCAUGCCAUCAACCGUGGCAUUGGCAUCGAGGGCCUUGGCUGCCUGCUGGCAGGGGCCUGGGGGACCGGGAAUGGUACCACCUCCUACAGCGAGAACGUCGGGGCACUGGGCAUCACCAGGGUCGGGAGCAGGCUGGUGAUUGUCACCGCAGGCUGCGUGCUGCUCCUGAUGGGCAUGUUUGGGAAGAUCGGGGCAGCGUUCGCUACCAUCCCUACCCCGGUGAUCGGAGGCAUGUUCCUGGUCAUGUUCGGGGUCAUCAGUGCGGUGGGGAUCUCCAACCUGCAGUACGUGGACAUGAAUUCAUCCAGGAACCUCUUCGUGUUUGGCUUCUCCAUCUACUGUGGGCUCGCCAUCCCCAACUGGGUGAACGAGAACCCUGAGAAGUUGCAGACAGGGGUUCUCCAGCUGGACCAGGUCAUCCAGGUGCUCCUGACCACGGGCAUGUUUGUCGGUGGAUUCCUGGGCUUUGUCUUGGACAACACCAUCCCUGGCACCCUGGAGGAGAGAGGCCUCUUGGCAUGGAAUCAAAUCCAGGAGGAAUCUGAGGAAACUUCGAAGGCCUCGAAGAUCUACGGCCUUCCCUGGGGGAUUGGCACCAAGUUCUGCACAUCUUCUUGUACCCGGGCCCUCCCCUUCUGGCCCAGGCUAGACCACCAUGGGGAUGAGGUGGGAGUGAGCCAGCUCACUCUGGGUCCCCAGACUUCCUCUGGAAAGCACCUGCGGAGUGUAGCAGAAACCAGGAUGUGAGAACUGCCUGACCCCAUCUCUUCAUAGCCAAACCCUGGCCACCCACCUGCUUGCAGAAUGCAAGGAUCUCUGUUCACAAAUGGGUGCACAAGGGUCCUUCCCAGCGCCUCCCACACCUGCGCACUGUGGUGGCCAAGCAGUGUUGAUGAAGAGCAUGAUACGUGGCCCCAGGGCAUCCUCCUGCUGUCCCUUAGCUCCAGUGUGAGUGUGGGCAAUGAGUCUGAGAUCGACACAGACGCCUGCUAGUCCACAAUGCUCGGCAGCAUUCUGGCGGAUCGGGAGCAAGAGCAUGGGGUUGAACAGGGGCAGGCUGCUUGCUAAAAGGCAAUGGGGCCCGGCAGUCUGUAAUCCUCGGCACUCGGAAGGCCGCACAAGAGGAUCAGAAGCUCAAAGCCUGUCUGGGCUAGAGUGACUUUAAGGCUAGCUGGGCCAACUUAGCAAGAUCCUGCCUCAAAAUAAAAAGUAAAAAAGCAA